UUUGUGUGUGUGAAAGUUAUUGUCUGGAGGACUGAAGACCAUAUUAUAAGGAAAUUGGAGGACUGAUAACCAUAAAUCCUGGAGGACUGGCGGCGCAGAGAGGUAAAAGCAAAGACGCCACUACCGCGUUGUACACGCAUGCGUGUUACUGCUCCUGGAGGACCGGAGACCAUAGACACUGGCGGAGCAGACAGGUUAGGGGGAGGAAGCGCAUGCGCAGUAGCGAUUGGCAGGCCGGCUGCGCAGGCUACGGAGCGCGAUGGGAAGGGCAGAUGAGAAGCCAAACUGGUCCGCGGAAGCGGGACACCGCCCACGCUCCCUGGCAACGCCCCCGUUGCUAAGGAAGUGAGUUCACACAAUAUGGCGGCUCCGUGGCAACGCCACAGGCAGCGCGCCCCGCCCCCGUUGCUAAGGAAGUGAGGUCACGCAGUAUGGCCGCUCGGGGCCGGAGUUGCUGAGGGGUCGGCGUUGUGUGGAAUCCGCGUCCAUCCUUCUCAGGAGUUACGAGGGCGGUGUUGCCCGCCUCGCCAGCACCGAGCGGCGGGACUGAGGCCGCGAUGGCACCGGGAACGGCGGGGCUGUGAGACAGAAGAGCGCGGGCCUGCAGGGUGGGCAGAGCGUCAGAACCGGGUCGCGGCCGAAACGAACCGCCGCCAUGGAGCUGAGGGUUGGGAACAGGUACCGGCUGGGCCGGAAGAUCGGGAGCGGCUCCUUCGGUGACAUUUACCUGGGAACUGAUAUUGCUGCUGGAGAGGAGGUUGCAAUUAAGCUGGAAUGUGUGAAAACCAAACAUCCUCAACUCCACAUCGAGAGUAAAAUCUACAAAAUGAUGCAGGGUGGAGUGGGUAUCCCCACUAUUAAGUGGUGUGGUGCUGAAGGGGAUUACAAUGUCAUGGUGAUGGAGCUGCUGGGACCGAGUCUUGAAGACCUCUUCAACUUUUGUUCAAGGAAAUUUAGUCUCAAGACAGUCUUGUUACUUGCUGACCAAAUGAUCAGUCGAAUUGAAUAUAUUCACUCUAAGAAUUUCAUCCACCGAGAUGUGAAGCCAGAUAACUUCCUAAUGGGCCUGGGGAAGAAAGGCAAUCUUGUCUACAUCAUAGACUUUGGAUUAGCAAAGAAGUAUCGGGAUGCCCGAACUCACCAACAUAUCCCAUAUCGUGAGAAUAAAAACCUAACAGGAACUGCUCGUUAUGCAUCCAUCAACACUCAUCUUGGAAUUGAGCAAUCUCGCAGAGAUGACUUGGAGUCCUUGGGCUAUGUACUGAUGUAUUUUAACCUGGGCUCCCUCCCCUGGCAGGGACUGAAAGCAGCAACAAAGAGACAGAAAUACGAACGUAUCAGUGAAAAGAAAAUGUCUACACCCAUUGAGGUUUUGUGUAAAGGAUAUCCUUCUGAAUUUGCCACAUACCUGAACUUCUGCCGUUCUCUUCGUUUUGAUGACAAACCUGACUACUCUUACCUAAGGCAGUUAUUCAGAAACCUCUUCCACCGACAAGGCUUCUCCUAUGACUAUGUGUUUGACUGGAACAUGCUGAAAUUUGGUGCAAGCAGAGGGGCUGAAGAUGCUGAACGUGAAAGGAGAGAACGAGAGGAGAGGCUGAGGCAUACACGGAACCCAGCUGUGCGUGGAUUGCCCUCCACUGCUUCUGGCAGGCUGAGGGGAACACAAGAUGUAGCUCCUCCUACUCCUCUUACCCCAACUUCACAUGCUGCCAACACAUCUCCUCGACCAGUGUCUGGUAUGGAACGAGAAAGAAAAGUGAGUAUGAGGUUGCACCGUGGUGCCCCUGUCAAUGUCUCAUCGUCUGACUUAACGGGCCGACAAGACACCUCUCGCAUGUCCACUUCACAGAAUAGCAUUCCUUUCGAACACCAUGGCAAGUAGCUGCUCGUCUCCUUUCGUUGGAAGGCAGCACAGGAUUCCUGCUCGGGUAACUACCGGUGUUCUCCAGUCCACUGUGCACCGAUGAACAUUUAUUUUGCCAUGGAGGGCAGAUAAUGCAUGGCUGAUCUCCUAUGUUAUCAAUGGCUUUACUAGCAAAAAAUACCCUGAACUAGAGUGGAAACAAUACGACUGGAGUUCUCCAUGUGACUUAAAAGGCACUUGGAGGAACAUGGACAGACUCCAGCAGCUGCCAUUACAGGACACUUGCCAGAAACCCAGUGACCUUAAGAGAACCCUGUGGUAACAGGGCUGGAGAAGAAAGAUGGUUUACAGAGUUGACCGUCUGUUACUGGAUGGCCAUUUCAGUUUUCCCUCCACAGGCGGCAGACUUUACCCCCUUUUUAUUAUUCCACUGUAACUAUAAAUCUUUUACUUGGUUUAAGAAAGUUUUUGUAUCAUUUUGCUAAAAUUAUUGGCUUAAUUCUCUGUAAAGAACUCUUGCUUUUCUCUGAUUUAAACAUGUAGAAUACAAGCAAUCCUAAACUAAAGACAAUGACUUGAAAUUUGUUUAAAAUCAGUUUGGCAGGGAGCAUGUAAAUGAAUCAAAGUCAUCUGAUUGUAUUUAAAACGUUCACUUCUUUGUAUUGUCUCAUUCUGACUGAGAAGGUUUUCUCACAAUUUUUAAAGCUGUUAAGAGUUUUACUUUACUGUUCAAUGUCUUCAUUCACACUUACCAUUUACCUCCCCAUGUAACACAAAGGAAUUCUUAAUAUUCUUUUGCAUAAAAGAGAACGGAAGACUCCGCAGGAGGGCCUCAGUGUAGGAGAAAUGGUGAAAAUCAAUUUCUUUUGUUAAGAAUAUGAAGAACAAAGUGAAAGACACUGGAGUUUAAAUGGAUGGUUUCAAAUCCUGUUUUUAUUGGUACCAUUUUGUUUCCUGCACUCUGGGGUGGGUUAGGUUGGAGGGUAUUGCAAGUGGACAAUGCAUGUUGCCACUUCGGUGAAUGAAUGUCACAUUUAGCAUCUGUGUGUUCCAACAGAAACCAGCCACACUUCUGAUUCACAUCUUCUGUUUCAUGCCAAGGCUCAAAAAAGGAAUUAAAGCGUUCUUGCUGUGAAAUCCUGAGGAUUUUUAGGACUCAGGUGUGUACCAUAUUUAAUUCCAAACUGUAUUCAACCUGAGUAUUUCUAGAAUCAUUAGCUAGGAAUGGAUGGCUCGCUUUGGUUGUCCAAAAAACUGUUGCAGGUGUUGUUAGCAAAAAUGUCCUUAUUAAAUAUGGGAAAUGCUUUAUAUUAUUGCCACUGUAAACAGUCUCAUAAUGCAAAAAUAAGUGUUUUGUCCAAGUAGUGCUUGAAACAGUACCAGAAGUACUCUUCAUACCAUUAUUACUCAUGAGAGGUUCCGUGCUGGGAAUGAAAAUACACAUACAAGGGUUGUUUAAGGUUACUUAUUGCAAGAAAUUCUUCCCUGCUUAAAACCCAAACUGUUAAAGGCUUACUGGCCUUCCAAGUUUUAGGAAGAAUGAUUUUUAUUGUUUAAAAUUGUGCAAAUUCACCGUUCCCUCCCCCAAAAAAGAUCAACUGAUGAAAUACAAUUCAUUUUCCUUUGGAUGUUUUCAGGUGAUUUCAGGACAUUGAGUAUCUGCUUGUGUGUACUCUGGGUCUGACAGGGCAGCGUGUUUUGGCUGGCGUAGUGGGAAGGCUAAAGAGCUGGAUCCAUAUAUAAGUUUGCAUAAGAGAAUUAUUUCCUCAGUCACUAUAACCUUUGGUAUUUUAGGCAUGUGCACUACCAUUUGAACAGUUUUACACUUCACCGUGCUUUCCUUGUAAAUAUUUGUGGUUAAUAAUGUACUGCUAGAGGGACUUGCAAAGGCAGCAGCCUCUUUAUUCUCUCUGUAUCUGGAACAUUAGAUUGCUGUGCUAUACUUAAAAGUUGAUUGCAGACUUCUAGAAUUGUUCUCAGUUGUGGGCAGUUUUUCUCCUUUGUAAUAGUUAAAUUCCAUCCUGCGGGGCAUCGUUAGACUGUCUGUAUAAACCUGUGUAUUGGAAACCAGUAUCAGAGCACUUCAUUUGUACUACCACUGUAUUUGUGUACUUUAACAAUUGUGUAAAUACAUUCAUAGUGACUUCUAUUCUUCUUUGGUGUAACUUACUUAAAAUGACUCUUUACUGUUUACUUGAUGUAACUUUUUUAACCUUUUUUUUUUUAAUGAUUUCUGUACAUAGAAUGCUGUCCAUUGCAAAGGUUUGAUGAAAUGGUGAUAGCUAGAAUGUCAGCUGAAGGACUGAGGGGCAGAAUGAAGAAUGUAAGGUAUGCAGGGGGGAAAAAGGACAUCCAUUGCUUUGCUGGCAGAGAGCACCUCUUUUGUCUCUAUAUGUUUCUGUUUGAGUACUGCUUCUUUUCUAGAAGUCAUCUUCACAAAAGCUUUAUCUAACAAGUGAUACCUUGUAGUGAGAGGAGGUACAGGAAAGAGAACUGCUAUUGAGACUCGAUUGGUUACAGGAGGUAGGAGCAAAGCAACAAGAAAUACCAAACUCUGCCCACAAUGCCUUGUGUAGUCCCAGCUUUUGCUAUGUAGCCCUCAAAAGGAAAUCUGAGGGCAAAUACCUUCAGGAGUACUCUGUUUCUGAUGAGUAGGCCUUGAAAAGCUGGAAGUAUAAUUAGUUUAAUCUCAUUUAAAACUAUGUACUUUCAUGUGGAAAACAUCACCCGUGCUGCAGUUGUACGUAAUCUUGAUGGCUACCAAGUUGCUGACCUCUCUGUGGUACACAUACUUUGAAAAUAACUGAAAAGAAAUGUUUCCCUGUAGCAGAGGUACUGAAGUGAAGGCCUUCAGGCAGUCUGUGUGUUCCAUGUUAGCUUCACCAACGUACUUGAAAGCUCCCUUGGAGGAAGCUGUGUAGCACAUGGCAGCACCUUGUCCUUCCUUCUGCAGCGGAGCAGGGCUGCCCCGAGCACAGCUCCUCUCUGUCUGCCUUUCUCCAUGUUACAAACCUGAGUGGCAGCUGCUCUGUAAAAAACUGCCUGGGGCAACGCUCACAGGAAUGGAGUUUCCCAACGAGAACCUUUUAAAGUGGAAUUUUGAAUGUGUGAGUAGAUCAUCGGCUGGAGUGUAACGUGUUCUUUUCAAUCAUAUUUUUUCUUUGUAAAAGAACGAAAUAAAAAAAAAAUAUUUAUUUUA